GACGGACAAGCAUUAUCUUUUUGCCCUUUUGUGCACUACUGCCGUGCGAGAGCCUUUAUCAGUCCUUGAUAAUUCCUUUGAUUUGCAAAGUUACUUUGCAAAUUAAAGCCAAGUCCCUCCUCCCAUAGGGAGGUACCUGAACCAAACUUCCUGCAACUCUGUUCGACGAUCUUCCUGCUUUGGAAAUUAAACAGUGACAAUAUUGCCGGCAUGGUGGCCCUCCUUCGCAGGCUGGCAGGACCCAUGUGUUUGUCGAGGCAGUGGUUGGGUGUGAUUCUGCCAGAAACGCAUGGCCGAACUUCUACUCUGAUCCCCCGGGACGGAGCGCGACUGCUGGCCGGUGGUGGUCGCCCUCUGACGGCGUACAGUCGUGCUCAGAGCCGCAGGCAGCACACGGAGGCAGCGGAUCCUGUAGAGGUGGAUUUAAAGCGGUUAGAGGGAGAAGACGUUGGGAUAGUGGAGGUGCUGAUGUGCCGACACAAGGCGAGAAACGCUCUGGGCCAUGUGUUUGUGUCACAGAUGAGGGAGCUGGUGCACACUCUGUCCCAUGACUCAGCAGUGCGUGUGGUUGUCUUCAGGAGUUUAGUGCCAGGCGUUUUCUGUGCAGGUGCAGACCUGAAAGAGAGAGCUCUGAUGAACAACACCGAAUCGGACCUUUUUGUUCACGGCCUGCGCUCCCUCAUGACUCAGAUAGCAUCGUUGCCUGUGCCAUCCAUUGCAGCGAUGGACGGUGUUGCCCUGGGAGGUGGCCUGGAGCUGGCCUUGGCUUGUGAUCUCCGCACUGCUGCAUUUUCGGCACAGAUGGGCCUGAUUGAGACGACACGAGGGCUGCUCCCGGGGGCGGGGGGCAGUCAGCGGCUGCCGCGGAUGGUCGGCAUCACACUGGCCAAAGAGCUCAUCUUCACAGGUAAGCGUGUGGGAGGGCAGACAGCUCUUGAAAUGGGGCUUGUAAACCGAGCUGUAGAACAGAACCAGACGGGAGAUGCUGCCUACAGAGAGGCACUGAGCCUGGCCAGAGAGAUACUGCCCCAGGCCCCUGUUGCUGUGCGGAUGGCAAAAGAGUCAAUCAACAGAGGUGUUGAGGUUGACAUUGGUUCAGCAAUGGCAAUAGAGAGGAUGUGUUAUGCUCGGGUCAUCCCCACGCGGGACAGACAGGAGGGCAUGGCUGCCUUUAUAGAGAAGAGACCCCCACGGUACAUCGGGGAAUAAACUCUCUUUGGAGAUAUUGAAUUUCUCUCUCACACAGACAUGCCCACACAGAAGCACACAGCUCUCUGUAACCGCAUGUCUGAUAGGCAAUUAACUCCCAUUGAUUGUGUGUGUGUGUGUGUGUGUGUAUGUAGCCUAGCCAGUGUCAAUACAUCAGUUAAGGUCAGCGUGAGUUCUCAGUGGUGGCUGUUUGCUUUUGUGACACAGUGUGACAUGACAUAAAGGUACAGAGUUUAUACUGUUUUAUUAACACGUUGCAUGCUUCAUGGGUGAUGUGAAUGUUCAUCUUCAGAAUAAAAAGGCAACAAAAGUGUCCUCUCCAGUUUA